GUGCAUGUUGGAUGGGAGUUGGAUGCUGCAUUCAAAGGUGGUCAGCGCUCACAGCAACUCGUCAAGGGAGCUCUUUUCACUGGCGCCCCAUUGCUCUCCUGGCCCCGUUGCGCGCGCUGUCCAGCUUUCGGCGCUGCAGUUUGAUCGACGUUUGUUGAUAAGUCUAGCUUCCCGUGCAAAACUGUUUGGGUCCUUGUCGGCUUGCCGGUUGUCUGUUACUUAGCAAGUCUUCUAGAAGUUGCUUAUUCGCUGAAGCUGGCUGACGCUUAGUUGCUCAACUGCUUCAAACGCCCUGUGUCUCUCCACUUUUUCAGCACAGUUUGGCCAUAGUCCUGCCCUGAAAUAUAAGCAGAACAUUUGCGCAGAAUUCAAUAGCAAGAAUAGGCGCACACCGAGUCAGUCACCAUGUUGUGGGUCGAUAAAUACCGCCCGCACACUCUGGAGAAGUGCACAGUCCAUGCGCAAGAAGCUGAGCACCUCAAAAACCUGGUUUCUUCUGGAGACUGCCCACAUCUCCUUUUCUAUGGCCCCUCCGGUGCUGGAAAGAAAACCCUCAUCAUGGCACUGUUGAGAGAUAUGUACGGUGCCGGUGCCGAAAAGGUCAAAGUGGAGAACAAGGCGUGGAAGGUGGAGGCCGGGACGCGCAAGAUUGACUUGGAGCUCACAACAGUGUCCAGCAACUAUCAUAUCGAGCUGACCCCGAGCGACGUUGGGUUCCAGGACCGGUAUGUAGUGCAGGAAGUCAUCAAGGAGAUGGCCAAGAGCCGGCCGCUCACAGUGGACGGGGUCAAGGGCUUCAAGGUCCUCGUUCUCAACGAGGUCGAUAAGUUGAGCAAGGAGGCGCAGCACUCGCUGCGGCGGACCAUGGAGAAGUACAGCGCGGCAUGUCGGUUGGUGCUCUGCUGCAAUAGCGCGUCCAAAGUGAUCGAAGCGGUGCGCAGCCGAUGCCUGCCGAUAAGGGUUAACCUGCCCAGCCAGGAGGAGAUUAUCAAAGUCCUACAUUUUGUUUCCAAGAAGGAGGGGCUGACACUGCCAUCCGCUUUUGCGGGCCGGAUUGCCCUUGCCUCCCAGCGCAACCUGCGGCGGGCGAUCCUCUCGCUGGAGGCCUGUAAAGUGCAGCAGUAUCCGUUCACCGACAAUCAGCAGGUUCAGGUUAUGGACUGGGAAGCGUACAUCACCGAAAUCGCGAACGACAUCGUCAACGAACAGAGCCCAAAACGGUUGUUUAUGGUGCGGGGAAAGCUGUACGAGUUGCUGGUGAACUGCAUACCUCCGGAGGUAAUCAUGAAGCGGUUGAUGUUAGAGCUGAUGAAGAAGCUCGACUCGGAGCUGAAGCACGAGGUGUGCCAUUGGGCGGCUUUCUACGAACACCGGAUGCAACAGGGCUCCAAGGCGAUCUUCCACUUAGAAGCCUUCGUCGCCAAGUUCAUGAGCAUCUACAAAAAGUUCUUGAUAGCCACGUUCGGGUAGCCGACUCGCUGCUUUAAUUUUGCGCCUAUGCACUCAGAAGCCUCGCUCGAUAACGGCUGAAUUGGGUCAGACGUUUGCCUUGCCAUCUGUACACUUAAAGGCGCUAUAUAGAUUCUCCAAACAGUGGCUUCGGGGACUAAGCGUGUGCUGCAUGACCAAACAGCUGCGAUGCGCAUUAGCGGGCUUUGGUGGUCAAACGGAACUCUUUUGGGCAAUGAUUGACCUUAUCAAAUGUUGAUCAGCUCUGAAAGCUUGUCUAACUAAACGAAGCAAGUAAGUUCCGCACCUGCUGAUUGUCAAUCCGUUGACUACCAACCGCUAAGUAAGGACGGACGUAAGGGGCCUCCAUUUUAUCGUAGCCCCUCUUGAGGGCGGAUACAUUGCGUUUCCGGCCUCGGAUGACUGGAA